AUGCUUCAAAAAAAAAAUAUGAAAGCGCUCAUUGCGACGAUAUCUGCUUCGUCAUCAUCAUCAUCAUCAUCAUCAUCAUCAUCAUCGAAGAGUAAGAAAAAGCUCGCGUUGAUCACGGGUACGACCGAUGGCAUUGGCAAACACACCGCUCGAAGAUUAGUGGAGCAAAAUAUAGACGUCAUCGUCCACGGGAGAACGCAGGAGAGAAUCGACAAAGCCGUCGAGGAGAUUUCUAAAGCCAGCAGUGAUAAAGGGAAAGUCGUCGGCGCGAUUUUGAGCGAUUUGAGCACUUUAGAAGGCGUGGAGAACUUGUUCGAUAAAGUUUCGAAAGACGUGGUGGAGAAAGAAGGCAGAAAGCUGGACAUUGUGGUGCAAAAUGCGGGCGUUUUCCUUCCAGAGCGUAAAGUGAACGAGAGGAAAAUAGAGUUGACGUUUCAAAUCAACGUCUUGGCUCCUUACAUGUUGAACUGUUUAUUAUGGAACAAAAACAGCAUGGAUACGAACGCUCGAAUACUAAACGUGGCGUCUAUUUCGCAAACGAGUGGGGUUCAGUUAGACGAUUUGACGUUUGAGAAACAAUGGAGCGAUCAUUGGUCCUACUCUCACUCGAAGACGUGCAUGAAGAGCGUAAGUUUUGAGAUGUAUUUAAGAAUGAUGAAAAACAGCGAGACUGUGAGAACGAUACUAACGUGCGAUCCUGGAACAGUUAAUACCAAAAUGUUACUCGCUGGCUGGGGUCCUUGUGGCGUGCAAGUGUACGACGCGAACGAUCAGUUCGAGUUAGUCACGAACGAUAAGUUCACGUUGCCGCAGAACAACGGCGGAUACUUCGUGAAUCGAAGACUAUCGCAGGAGGCGAAAAGCUCCCCGGAGACGAGGUUGGUUUGGGAGACGUGUAAAAGAGAGACCGGAGUGACGUUCGAGUUUGACGUGUGA